AUGGGUAUUCGCAGUGUGGCCAUCUACAGUGAACAAGACAAGAAAAUGCUCCAUCGGACAAAGGCAGAUGAGGCUUACUUGCUUCAAAAGGCUCGUGAUCCCGUGGCUGCUUACUUGAACAUCCAUGAAAUAAUCGAAAUCGCAAAGCGUGCAAAUGUUGACGCCAUCCACCCCGGCUACGGCUUCCUCAGCGAACGGUCGGAAUUUGCAAAAGCCUGCGAGGAUAAUAACAUCAUCUUCAUCGGCCCGUCCUCUGAAACUGUCCGGAAAAUGGGCGACAAGGUGGUGGCUCGUCAGACCGCGCUGGCGGCAAAAGUCCCAGUAAGUUGCCUGUUUUUGUUUUGUCUGAGUACUUUUCUGGACUACGCUUGUUGGAACUAA